UUUCAAAUGACAGUCAUAAUCAGACUCUCACACAAGUCGGAUAUUCAGUCACUUGGAUUUAUUGGAAAGAAAUAUAUAAAGAAUGAACGAGUUAAAGGACGAUCUGCGGCGUUUCCUGCGCUGGGGACCGCUGGUCGUCUUCUCGUUGACCUUUUUUGUGACCUGGACUACCUUGACCAUGAAUUCGAUGUGGUGGCCGCCCAGUACGUCCCUUGGAUCACUGAUCAAUUAUGUCCUGAUCUGGAUCAACACGCUGGGACUCAUUUACAACUUUGUAAGAUGUCUGAUAGUGGGUCCGGGAUAUCUGCCCAGGAAGUGGCAUCCAGAGAAUCCAAAAGACGUGGAGUUUCUGCAGUUUUGCCAGAAAUGCGAUGGCUACAAGGCGCCUCGGUCCCAUCACUGCCGCCGCUGCAACCGGUGCGUCCUCAAGAUGGACCACCACUGCCCUUGGAUCAGCAACUGUGUAGGAUGGAACAACCAGGCCAGCUUCUUCUUCUUUUUGAUGUUUUUUCUCACAGGAGCGAUUCAAUCGUCCUGGAUCCUGGCGUAUGCAUUCAUCCGAGGCGUCACCAAGAGCUGGUUGAUCCAGAAUGGGUACCCUGAACUGGCAACCGUGACGCUGAACCACCACACUGCCUUCUCGUCUAUAAUGUCCUUUGCCAUAGCCGUGGGCGUGGGACUGGCUUGCAUAAAGUUGUUGCACAUGCAAGGAAGGGUUAUUCUCUUGAAUCGCACCGAUAUCGAAACAUGGAUUCUGAAGAAGGCAAGAUAUCGCCGCGAUAAGGACAUUCAGAACUGCAUCGAACCCUUUGAUUAUCCUUACAACCUUGGUUGGAAAGCCAACUUAAAGGAGGUCUUUUUCCCCAGAAACGACGGCAUCAACUUUCCAGUUCGUCCUGGCUGUCACCAGUACACACUCACCAUUGAACAACUGGCCCAGAAGAAGGACAAACGGGCCAAUACUCAAUUAUUCAAGUGCAUUCGUGAAGCCACCGGACAUUGGGUGCCGAUACUCUCCCAGGGCUUGCUGGUUGCCAUGCAGUUUCCUUGCAACGACGAUCCUCGCAUUGCUCUGCAGCCGGGAGAUCGUAUUAAAGUGACUCGCUUUCAGGCUUUAUGGCUCUACGGGGAGCGGGAAAUCACCGAAGAGGAGAAGAAAUUAGGAUCAAGACGUAAAGGUCCCAUUCGAGGCUGGUUUCCUCGCUGUUGUGGCAUCCAAAUUCCUCAUAUGAUUGAAGAUUGGGAUCAGACUCCAGUUAAGGAAUUGCCCACUAGCACCAUUAAAACUCCUGGUUCCGGCAAUCGUAAUGUAAAAAUUUGCAAGAAUCGGAAGAAAAAACAAUCCAGUCAGAUGAAAGACAAGCCCGAAAUAUCUCGUAAAGAACCCUCUCCGAAGAAAGAGGUUUUUAAAGAUGCUUCCAAACUAGAAGACACCAAUGAUGUUGAGAAGGUGGGAAACGAUAUCGAGGCUGGUGGGGAACCUGCUCAGACGAACUUGUGGAAUAUGGACUCCCCCUAUGGACCCCCCGAUGCUGGAAUACUCCGAAAGCGCCUGCCAACGCCGUAAGGGUAUUCCAUCGUGCGACUUAACACUUUUUUUUUUAAAUAUAAAUUGUUUCGGUCAACCGCCGCAUUAAUCUUUUAAUACUUAAUGCUUAAUGAUUUUCAAUAAUGCACAAAUAAAUAAAUACUUUUGCCGACCCAAGGCCAGCAAGCCAA